AUAUUAUGGUUUUCUAUCUUUACCUUUAGCUUAAAAUCAUUUAACUUAAAUAUGCAACGCUUCCUGAAGGUAUUCAACCAGCAAACAUGCAAGGUAAUCGGCAUGAUACACGUGGAUGCGCUGCCAGGAACGCCACGAUACACCGGCAACUGGAAGCAGACGAUUGAGAAGGCAAUUUACGAGGCCAAUCUCUACAAGAAACAUCAACUGGAUGCCGUGCUCAUAGAGAAUAUGCACGAUAUUCCCUAUGUUCCGGAGCGUCUCCUUGGCGCCGAGAUAGUGGCAUGCAUGACUCGUCUGGGACAGGCAGUGCGGGAUGUGAUGCCCAAGCAAACUCCGUGUGGUGUCCAAGUCCUCGCCUGCGGCAAUAAACAAGCCCUGGCCAUUGCCAAAGCCAGCCAGCUGCAGUUCAUUCGCAGUGAGGGAUUUGUUUUCGGUCAUGUGGCGGAUGAGGGUUACACGGAUGCCUGCGCGGGCGAUUUGCUGCGGUACCGCAAGCUCAUCGAUGCGGAGGAUGUGCUGAUCUUUACAGAUCUGAAGAAGAAACAUAGCUCGCAUGCCAUAACAUCUGAUGUCAGUCUCUUGGAAACCGCCCAUGCCGCAGAGUUCUUCCUCACCGAUGGCAUUAUUAUCACAGGAACAGCAACAGGUCAUGCAGCCAGUUUAGAAGAUCUGCAGCAGCUAUCUGGCAGGGUAAAGGUUCCCUUGAUUAUAGGCUCCGGCGUUACCAAAGACAAUAUCGGUAGUUACUUCAAGGAUGCUCAAGCAGUUAUAAUUGGCUCGCAUUUUAAACGAAAUGGCAACUGGCUGGAGGAGAUUAGUGAAGAUGCUGUGAAUGACUUUAUGCAAAAGAUCUGUCAGCUAAGACAAUCUAAAUGAUCCGAAUUGUAAAUAAUUUUAUUAAUGUGGUUAAAUGUUGUAAACGA